ACAAAGCCCCCACAGCCACCGACGCACUCCUCUUGAGAAAUUCGACAAAAAGGCUUGAAUUUUCCUCUUCUUUUCUUGUUAAAUCAUGAGAUUGGGGCUUAGAAUCUUCCCUCUCAACCCAGAAAUCCCAGAUCUGGUCUGCUCUUCUCCCCGGUCCGCCGGCUGCUAUGUGGGUGGGAGAUUUUGGGCCUUUUUCUGAGUCGUGAGUCCCCAGCAGAGAAUUUCCGCCGGCCUCUUCCCCCCUACAGCUCCGGUUCUUGCUGGAAAAUUCUGGUAUGAUGGCCACUUCUUUAAGCCUUAAGUUAGCCAUUUAAUUGCUGCCUUGUGUUGUCCGAAUUUUUGCUAAAAUGAGGGGGGAAUUCCGGUAGCCUUUAGUAGCAUUUAAAUGUGUUUUUGUGCUUGGUUUAUGUAGAAGUUAGCUUGAAUUAGCUGCUGUGAUGAUUUGUGUGAGAAAUCCCGUGUGUGUGAGUUGUGGGUUGCUAAGGUCAUGCUAUCCAUGUGCUGCCCGUGAGAUUGGGGAAAUUUUGGUAGCUUUAAGCUAUGUUUUUAAGUGUGGUUUAAGUAGAAAAUUGGCUUGUUAUGAUUAUUGUGGGAUUUUGGAGAAAAACCCCGUGAAUUAGCUAUGUUUUGUCAAUUUUGGGAGUUGAGGUACUGUUCACAUGGUACUGUUCACUAGGCACUGUUCACACACCAAGGGUUAAUGAUUAACGGGGAUUUAAAGGUUUAUGUUGUGAUAUAAGAAUGAAUUUGGAGAUGUCCGAUUAUGUGGAGAUUGAUAGAAAUAGCACUGUGAUUAGGGGUAGUGCUAAAGAUGAUUUCACUGUGAAUUGUGGUGGUAUGGUUAUUAAUUGUGGAAUAUUGUGAUUAGGUUUUGAUCAUUCUGUCACCGUAGCACUUGGGUUAGUCUUCUGUUCUGUGCAAGUGAGGAAGCGAAACCGAGGACGGGGAAACCGAGGGGAGUGACGAGAUAGAAGGCUAGACAUCCUAAUUGGAUAUAAGUUUUAGAUUUUAUUCUUGAGAUUUUGUGAAUUGGAAAAAAAACAAAAAGGUCCCGAGCCUUGUGCACUUGUGGGACCUGUCUCACGAGUGUACGGCGUCUACCACGUCCCCGGAUUUGGGUUCUGAGGCGUGACACUUUAUACUCAUAUCCUUGAUAAUAAACUCACUUUAUUUAA